GAUUCAAUGCUUUAGCAUCUUCAUAAUCUACUUUCUUUAGAGUUUAAAUCUCAUUGCUCAUUCUUGUCUUUAAUUUUAAUUUUUCUUUCUUUAAUUUUCUGUUUACAACUCAAUCAUCAUAAAAAUCAGUUUGUUUCACUUAAGUAUAGCACACUUGUCAUAGCAAAAUUGUUUCAAUCAGUCCUUGAGGGAAUUACCUCGUGCUUUCACAUUUAUUCUACAAUUGAUUCGUGCACUUGCGAGUACUAAAUUAAAAUUUACAACACCAGCCACCACUGACGUCCCACUCUCACCAUCACCCCACCACCAGCAUCUGGUCGCCAUAGCCCACUACUAGAAUAAUGUCAUUAGACAUCGCCACUAUUAAAUCGGUCAGGAUUGCACCUGAUGUUAAAAAACAUGUUAACAUCAGUUUGUGAAAAAACCGAUUUCUAUUGUUAUUAUAGACAUCAGUCACCAAAUAAAACGAUGAGAAAAGUUUCGUUUGAAAAAUUUUCAAAAACGCGGAGGGACUAAGUUUGAAACUUUUGAGAAACGCGGGACCAAUUAUUUCAUUCCCCCACUUAGUAUUUUUUCCCUCUGUCUGAAACUAUCGAACCCUAAUAACUCUCACUUUUAUGAAAACUCUCGAACCUUGUCAACCUCGUUCUCUCUCCAACCUGACCUGCCCCGAUUCCCCGACCUCUUUCUCCAACUUGGCCUGAGCUCGUUGUCCGAUCCGAGCUGCUCGAGCUCCUUCUCCGACCCGAGCCGUUCGAGCUCCUUCUCUGACUCGAGCCACCUCGAGCUUGUUCUCCGAUCUGACCUCGAGCUCCUUCUCCGACCUUACCUCGAGCUCAUUCUCCGACAUGAGCUCGUCAAUCUCCGACAUGAACUCCCUACAAGAUUUGGUUCUGCAACUCUUAGGAUACUUCUUGAAGGCUUACUUGAAGGCUUGAAGGAUGGGUUCAAUCGAUACUUCGAUUUCAGUUUUUGAUUUCAGAUUCUUGAAGGCUUGAAGGCUGGGUUCGAUUUCGGAUUUCUGGGUAAGUUGCUUGCCCCCUGCAUCAGUUUUACAAGCCAUGGAAGAGUACGUCAGAGAAGCUCCCCGUGUCUCAAUAGUUCGCAAGGAGGUGAUUGACAAUAAAAUUUCUGCCCCCAAGGAAAUCUUGACCAUAGAGGACAAAAAGACCCAAGACGAUGAGGCACGUCCACCUUCCCCACCUCCACCUGAACCAGUAAAAGUGGUAGCACCUGUAGUUGAACCACUUGAUUUGCUAGGUUUGAAUGAUCCUGUUCCAGAUACUGCAGCAUUAGAUGAGAAGAAUGCCAUGGCUUUAGCUAUUGUUCCAGUUUCUGAUCAACCUGCGGCUCAACCUCAAGCAAAUGAAACAGGUUGGGAAUUGGCACUUGUUACAGCCCCAAGCUCAAAUGAGAGUGCUACAGCUGCUAGCAAAUUGGCGGGAGGGUUGGACUUGCUUACACUAGACAGCCUAUAUGAUGAUGCAAUUAGAAGAAACAAUCAAAAUGUAAGCUACAACCCAUGGGAGCAGGCUCCCAUGAAUGGUGGCAUGAUGCAACAACCAAUUCAUGAUCCCUUUUAUGCAUCCAACACAGUGGCCGCACCACCCUCUGUACAGAUGGCCGCAAUGGCCAACCAGCAGCAACAGGCCUUCAUGUAUCAACAACAGCAGAUGAUGAUGAUGGGCCAACAACAACCGCAAUCUUUGAAUCCUUUUGGGAAUCCUCAUGGAGCACCUGCGCACCCCUAUGGAGCAGGUAUGCCUGUCCAAGCAUACAAUCCAUACACAGGCCUUUUGUAGAUGGGUAUGUCCAAGGAAACACACACUUAUCCAUAUACGGGAAAGAAAGGAACAUGAGAAAAGUCGGUUUUAGAGGUUAAAGCAUCACAAACUCAGAGGGGCAGGGAUACAGUGACUUCAUUCGAUACUUCCAGUCUUCCAUUUCUGGGUUUUUUGUUUGAACUUCACUGCAUUUGCAGGGAUACAGGGCAGUCUUGCUAUUAAAACUGUGGAACUUCAGGACUCGGGUUCGUUCUGCUAUAUUGGGUUACCUACUCAUAUUCAGAGUUAAUUAUUAAUUACUCUGGCGUUGGUUUUGAUCUUAUACUCUGUUCGUCAGUUUUCUUGUUCUAAAUCUGUUCCUUGUUUUGGCAUUUCAUCAUAUUAAUCUUGCAUUUUGUGGUUAUAAGUGGAUGAUUCAGUUUGUUGUUGGUUUUGAGUUUGGGUUUGUAUGCUACAUAUUCACAAUUCAAACAAACAGAUUUGAAAUUUUCAUGCUUGCAACUAAGAUGACCUAUGUUUAUGUAGGCACAAGUGGGAGGUGAGUGCACACAUACAUCAAUAGUUUCCUCUUUGCAGAUAUGCUGUUGUGGUGAUCAAGCAAUAAAAAAGGUUUCUUUAACAAGGCCAUGUACCAAAGCAAGGUUAGCUAACAUUGAUGGCGUCGACAACCAGGAAGUAUACCUUGGAGAGAAUGUUUGUUAAACCAGCUACUCGAAUGUGCAAAAGAUCAAUUAUCAUUUAGGGCCGUGGUUAGGGACCUGAAACUCAGAUCUCCAAUGCUGCAAAUUGUUCUCAUGUCAUAAAUACAAAUUCUUGGUUUGGCAGUGGUCAUGUUUGGCCACACAGGGCAAUACCAAAAGUACUAAUUUCUGCAUCCUGUCAUCAAGUGCUAUUUUCCGAGUGCAGCAGCAGCAUUGUGUCUCAACGAAGGUUGGUUUAAUAUUUCAGCUCUUUAUAUGUUUUAAUGAGUAGAAUGAAAUAUGCAAUACACAUCCUGAAAAGUGAAAAAGUGUUCCUAGGGUAGCCUUAGUACAUACAGGAAUAUAAUUUUCUCAGUUAUUUUUUUCUUUUCAUUGCCUAUUGAGGGUUUUGUUCAUUGCUUGCCCUCCCAAUGUUUGUUGUCUUCUUAAUCAUCUACAGUUAAGUAUAUGUUGCUUGAAUUGGUUAUAGGUGUAUUCAUUUGAGAGGUAACUUCUAUCCUUGAAGAACAAGUGAACAACCAAGUGGUAAGCCACGAAGCUGCUUGAGUAGGCUUACACUUUUGUUUUCUUUUGUUGUGCAUUUUCAGGUUUGUGGUCAAAUGGUUUGGAGGGUGAUCAAGUAUUUUCUGAGUUUAUGGUUGGUUUUCGUUGUUUUUGUUAGAUUAGAAUUAGCCUACAAACUUUACAGUAAAUUGGAGGACUAUGCAAUUAGUAAUUGGCUUUGUAAAUCAGGUGUUUGCUUCAUAAAUUGGAGGUGUUGUUGGAAAUUUAUUAGUGGUCAUUUAGUUCAGAAAUUGGAGGUGUUUUUGUAAUUGGAAGAUUGUAUUUUUAGUGAUAUACAGUGAUUGAUUUUUGUUAUGUUUGUAUACAGUGAUUGAUUUUUGUUAUGUUUGUUUUGUCAUGAAUUGAUCAUUGAUAUUGAUUUUUGAAUUUUGCAGUUGUGUAGGUUGGUCAUGCUGGAAUUUUCAGCCACACAGAAGUAUUCUCUUGCAUCUAAUUCAACUUACAAUGUGGAAGAGGCUAGUGAUCUGUAAGGCAGAAAUGGAGGAAUGUAUAGAUUUGAUAAUGGAAGAAUUAGAGAGAGUUUGUAAGAGUUAGUGAAAAAGUUUGUGAACCAGCUUUUAUGAUAUGUAAAACGAUAGCAUAUUCGGCAAACAUUAUAAGAUUGUGACUACUACUCUUAUCGCCUAAACCCGUAGCAUCGCGCGGACGUACUUUCUAGUAUGAUGUCUAGAUAUAAAGUUGAAAUCAGUUUUAACCAUAAAAACUGAUGUCUAGUAAUACAGAUACAUCAG